UUGUAAUGAAAUAGGUGCAAAGGGUGCAUCAGGCUUAGGUUCUGGUUUAGGAAAAUGCAUUAAUCUCUCAAAUUUGACACUUAACCUUGGUGGUAAUUAAAUUGGUGACGAAGGUGCAUCAGGCUUAGGUUCUGGUUUAGGAAAGUGCAUUAAUCUCUCAAAUUUGACACUUGGCCUUUAUGCUAAUUAAAUUGGUGACGAAGGUGCAUCAGGCUUAGAUUAUGGUUUAGGAAAGUGCAUUAAUCUCUCAAAUUUGACACUUGACCUUUAUUCUAAUAAAAUUGGUACAAAGGGUGCAUCAGGCUUAGGUUCUGGUUUAGGAAAUUGGAUUAAUCUCUCAAAUUUGACACUAAAACUUACUGGGAAUAAAAUUGGUGAAGAAGGUGCAUCAGGCUUAGGUUCUGGUUUAGCAAAGUGCAUUAAUCUCUCAAAUUUGACACUAAAACUUACUGAUAAUUAAAUUGGUGACAAAGGUGCAUCAGGCUUAUGUUCUGGUUUAGCAAAGUGCAUUAAUCUCUCAAAUUUGACACUUUAUCUUGAUGAUAAUUAAAUUGGUGACAAAGGUGCAUCAGGCUUAGGUUCUGAUUUAGCAAAGUGCAUUAAUCUCUCAAAUUUGACACUUAAACUUUA